CAUGAAAUGACAUCACUUGUGACACACUAACAAAUUACCUGCAAUCACUAGGUAGUAUCCUGACGUUUCGCUUGCCAUUUACAAUGUGGACAAACUGCAAUCACAACAUUUUUUUAGACCAAGGGAGGAACACACCCACAUGACAGCGUCUUCAGAUAUACAACAAAAAGCAGUUAGGAGCUGUUGUGAAGCGUCACUAUGACUCACCUCGGGAACCUGCACUAACUACCAAAAGCUGGGAUUUCACAGCUGGAAGCAGUGAGAAAGACUUUCCAAAUGAUGGCAGAUCAUGGAGACCUCUGUGAUGGGCAGGAUGUGGCCUAUUGCAUGAAUGGAGGGACGUGCUAUAAAAUACCUGCCAUGAAUACACUCUCCUGUGUGUGCAAUGAAAAUUACAAAGGCAGCCGAUGUGAGCAGUUCCAGCUCUUCACCAGUUCCACUGAUGCAGGGCAGGCAGGGUUAAUUGCAGCCGUGGUCAUUGUUGCCCUAUUCGUCUUAGUGGUGCUGGCGGUUGUUAUCUACUACAUAUACAAGAUGCUGAAAGCCAGGCAACAGAGCCAACAGAACAAUCAGCAACAGUAUUGGAGAGUAAAACCAAGAGUAUGACCCUUCUCCUGAUGUAAACUUGUUUUUCUUUUGGCUGUGUGCGGAGUGGGACGAUGAAAGAAUUCUCAGAGAUGAGUGUCACUUGUGUUGUUGGAUGUGGCACUGUUUUGGGUGUGACUAUGAACAACCUAUAGACAGGGAGGAAAACUGUUGUAUUGACCUUUAAGGGGAACUAAUGUAUUUUCAGCCUGGGCUGUAUUUUCCCAUGUUUCUGUGUCUAAGUCACUAAUGGAGACAACAUUUUUUAAAUAUGGUCUACUAUUGAGAGAGACCGCUGCAAAAGAGGCUGCAAUGUCAAUUUUUGUCCACUAAAAGUGUUUGUUUUUGCCACUGACAGGCUCAGAUUGUUAUCAAAAGUGUCUGGCAACUUAAAGCAAAGGACCCUGUGGAAAAAAGGAAAUAUUUUUCCUUACUUUUCACUGGUAGCGCUCUGAAAUCUCGCGAGAGGUGACUUGUUGCAGGAAAAACAAAAGUGGAGGGUUAGUGAAAGUCGUAGAGAGGAGUGCCAGGAAGAGUUUCUUGUGUUGGAGAACAGAAAGUGUUGCUUAGUGUUAUGUAAAAUAUUUUCAGUAUCAUGGCUGAAUAUUAAGCGGAUUUUGACAAUGUGGAAAAAGCGAGAUUUCUCCUUGGUUACAUGCAGUUCGUACUUAGGAAACCUUUCCAUUUUUCUGUAGGGUAUUUUCCAUAAUGUUGUCAGACACUUAAAAUAACAAUCUGAACCUGUCUGCGCUUUGAAUGGGAUUACAAUGCAGCCUCUUAAGGCUGGAACUUCCUGUCUCAAUAGUGGGCCAAUUCCAAAAAUUGUUGUCUCCAUUUGUCACAAUCAGACACAAAAACAAAGGGGGCCAGGUUGAGAAUACCAAAGUUUCCCUCUAACUAAAGCCAAAGCAGGUGAACAGCUGAUUAAUCGUCUCAUGAGAUUUCUGGAGUCCGUGCUAUUUGCUACAGAAAGGUUUAAUUCAUUUACACACACAUACACAAACACACACAUACACACGCACACACACACCGACACACACACACAGACACACACACACACACACACACACACACACACACACACAGGGUGUGAAACAAGUGUGAGUGGGUGAGAAUUGAAUCACACCUUGCACUGUAGCCUUUUUACCACAGCUAUGAAGUUGGCACUGGUGUUACUCGUGUUAAAUCACAUUUCAAUCUAUGUGCUUUGCCUGAAAUGUAUUUACAAAGCAUAGUUGGACUAUGUUAAAAAUAUUAUUUUAAAUAUUAUUAUAAACAUGGAACUUGAAUGAUGGAAUUAUAAAAUGAUCCCUUGUAUCAAUUAAUGUUAUGCUCAGUAUGCUAUUGGUAAAUAUUUUUGCAAUUGUGUGAAUAUAUGCAAUGAUCUCAACUGAAUGAUCUGACUGUGUGAUUUGUGGUGGGAGGCUGCACAUACACGCACACACGCAUCCACGUGCGCACACACACACACACACGCAUGCACGCUCUUAAUCCUCUAAGCCUGACCUCCGGCACUUCAUUGCUACCCUCAACCUUUAGCCUACUCUUAACCUAAUCCUUAAUUUAAUCUCAACC